AUGCCCAAGGAGCAACGCGUCCUGUCGACGUACCGCCAAUCACCUUUCCCAGUCACACAUGCACGACAGUCCAGAUCAGUGGAACCCCAAGCAGGCCAUAGGAACACAGCCAACUGGAGUACUGCCGAUGACGAAGUCUUAGUUGCGGCUAGAGCUGCUGGCCUGAAUUGGCAGUCCACUGCAGCAAAGCACUUCCCUAACAAGACUGCGAAUGCCUGCCGCAAGCGUCACGAGCGACUGGUAGAGCGUCGAACACACGAGGACUGGAACACAAAGAGACUGGACACUCUUGCACUCGAAUACAUGGAGCUCAGGAAGGAGAUAUGGGGCCCACUGGCAGCCAGAAUUGGUGAGCGUUGGAGCGUGGUCGAAACCAAGUGUAUGGAAAAGGGUCUCAAGAAUCUACAGUCAAUUGCACGGGCAGCUCGCAAGACUUCUGUAUCCAGUGAGGAUCAUCCCGUCUCGAACAAGGAAGAGCACGAAGGCGAUUCCGGCAUCGGCUGCUCGGAUGCUGAAUUGGAUCCAGCCGAUAUAUCCAGAGCCAUGGGGAGACACCCUUCGACAGGCUCGGCUUCGAUCCAAACCAUGCAACCUGUAUUGGAACUUACAGCAAAUCAGCAAACCGCAUUAUACCAUAUUCUGCCUAGACCGCCACCAUUACCCUUGUAUCAACCUCCACCAUUGGUUCCGGCCCGCAGUGUACCAAGUACAGGCAGGUUUAUCUCCAUAGGCUCGCCCGGCGACAGUCCGCCUGAUCGGGACCGUACACCUGACAAUUCCGCUCAAAGGAGUGUUAGCAUCAAGUCUAUGCUCUCGGACACGCCGCAACCUUGA